UAGCGAGCGCCGAGCAGGCGUUAUCCAUUCCUUCAUCUUCUGAACUCAACAACUCUAUCAAUCGCGAACUGCAAGGAGGAAGACGAAGAAGCACCAGCAGCUGGCCAGCAGCAUUACAGCAGAGCGAAAAUGGCAGCCACAGCUGCAAUUCAAGCCUCCAUGGCUUCUCUUUCGAUAUCCUCAAGCUCCUUCUUCGGCGACCGCCUCUCAUUUCCGUGUACCUUCUCCCCUUUAACUGUUAAGUCGCAGGAGAAGCCAUGUCUCAUUGUUGUAAAGCUAAAACGAUGGGAGCGGAAGGAGUGCAAACCAAACAGCCUUCCAAUUUUGCACAAGAUGCAUGUCAAGGUGGGAGAUACGGUGAAGGUGAUAGCCGGAGACGAUAAAGGGAAAGUUGGAGAAAUUACAAAGAUCUUCAGGCACAACAGCACUGUGGUCGUCAAAGACAUCAACUUAAAGACGAAGCAUAUGAAGAGCAGAGAACAGGAUGAACCUGGCCAAAUCAUUAAGAUUGAAGCACCACUUCACAGCUCCAACGUAAUGCUGUACUCAAAAGACCAGAACGUGGCGAGCCGGGUGGGUCACAAAGUGCUGGAUGAUGGGACGCGAGUCCGGUACUUGAUCAAGACAGGUGAGAUAAUCGAUACUGCAGAGAACUGGAAGAAACUGAAGGAAGCGAGCCAGAAGGGCGAGGCAGUUGAAGCAGCUGCUGCAGCUUGAUGGUACAACUGACAUUUUGGUGGUUGUCAUAGAGGGCAUGCACUUGUGUCUCCAUUUCCGGCCUGUUGUAGUCAUUUUUUGCUGCACUCCCUUCCUUGAUCUGUGAAAAUUCAUGAAAAGUGAAUGGGGAGGUUCUGAGGAUUCAAACACUACGUGUAUGUAUUAACUUGUUUCAUCCGAGUCAUAUUCACCCUCUUUGAGUUCUUUAAGUUGGCGCAUUUUAAUUUUAGGGGCUUGGCAGAGGCAGGAGAGUCUGGUCAUGUAUUGGUAUUUGGUAGGAAUAAAGAACUACCACAAAUAAUAAUUAGUAAGCUAAUCCCAGGGUAUGCAAUAUGAAAAAGG